AUGAUGACUCUAACCACCCAAGACCCUCCACCUGCCCAGAGUGUUGAAGUUGACGACAGCGACGAGGAGUACGACGACGGACCGGCCCACAACCCCUUCCAUUCAUUUGCGAUCAUUCAAAAAGACCCAACAAAAGAAGCGUUUGACCAGAUUCUCGCUGAUGCUGAAUCCAAUAAGCUGAGAUUGGGCGACAAAGCGGGCAGAGAAGCCUUCAAGCAGAAGUAUCAGCAGUACUUUGAAGGGCGUGUUGCACCGGAAAAUCAAACACUCCUCCACCUUGUUGCCAACAGAGUGGGCCACAGAGCCCUCACCCUGCUUCUUAUCAAGAACAGCCCACAGCUUCUCUCCGUGGCCGACGACAAUGGCAAAACACCUCUCUGGAUUGCCAUCACCAGGAAAAACGAAAUUGUCUUGCGCGCCAUCGUGGAAAAGUUCAGCGGAGAUUUGGACAGCCUGCUAGCUAGAACAUGCGACCACGGCAGAAACAGCAUCCAUGCUGCCAUAAUCCAGAAUCUCCCCGAACAACAUACUUUGAAUCUUAUACAGAGAGCCUCCAAGGGCACUCUUUGCGCCGGAGACUAUGAUGGCCUGACUCCCUUGCAUCUUGCCAUUCAGUACGACCGCUGUUCUGCUAGCCAGCAGCGGAUUGUUGAGGCUUUGCUGCAAAGAGCAGAUGAAUGCUUGGACCAGUUCACUAUCAAUCCCUCACAACUGUCUGUCUACGAAUAUCACUACUAUACACGGGCGGAUGCUGAACGAAAAACGGGCUUGCUGGCGGGCCAGGCUGGUGAGCCGAACGGGACCUCUCAAUCUUCAAAUCAGAACCGGGGAAAAUCUCCGUCUGGUCGAGUCGGUCAUCUUCCAGAUAACGUACCUCACUUGCACAAUGUGGAAAAUUCUCGGGGCCGCACGACAAACCAUGCCCCCGGCAAGAAGGGGGGCGAUGUUGAACCUCAGCGAGGACGAGAGGCGAUCCGUGAACAGUCCAAUGCCCCAUCAACAAGAAAUAUGGACCCACCUCCGCCGGGACCUAUCAAUGGAGUUAAACGUGAUGUGAACAGGGAGUGGGCAGACAGGAUCAUCCAGGGUAUCAAACUGCAUUACCUUCGGUCCACGUUCCAGACACCAGAUCGUCCUCAACCGCGAGAUCAGAGCCAGGCACUGCGAUUUCUCCACGGGUCCAACAUCCAGGAUUGGAACUUGUAUUUUGAUUACUCCAAAGCAGCUUCACCAGUCACCCGCAAGAACUUUGAACAGAGCUUCGCUCAUAUGCGUUUUGACAGCGUCCUAAGAUAUGUCGCCUUCAACAAGAUCGAGCUGGACAGCCCCGGAAACAACACCAGCAAACUCCACGCCAAACGUCUUGCACAGCAGCCAAAGCCUGGCCGCGGCCGGGUGGACCUCGUCUUCUUUUUCAACUGGCUUCGGGAGAAGUCUGUCAAGCAUAUCCUCAAGGUCGUGGUCGACGAUUGGCCCGAAAGACCUCACAGUGACAAGGCCAUAGAAGACUCCCUGAAGCACUUUGAGAUUGAGAGUCUCGAGUGGCGGAAAUCGGACAUCUGUCCCGAAACACUUUUUGUCGCCUGUCAACAUGUCCGCCAUCUGCACUUGUGGUGGAGUGGAAACAGGGCUGUCCUGCGGGCAUGGAGCGAACCGGAUGGGUUGGUGAGGCUUGAGAAACUCAAGACUAUCCACUUGUUGUGGAAUUCCGCGGAAGUCCUAGAGCCAGCUGACCGCAUCCAAUCUUACGUGGAGGACUUCAAGCGCCGGUUACGAAAAGCCGUCCGGAAUUAUGAGCUGGAGAAGCAAGGUAUAACUACUGCUGCUCGACCGCAGAAUGACAAGGCUGUUCCCGUUCCUGGGAUUCGCCGGACUGUUACCGGAGACCGUCCCGCCAUGGAUGGGCCUGUUCGGACAAUCACUGUUGAGACCAUCGAGGAGAACUUUUCGCGGGGGGAGAGUGGCUCAUCUUCCGGCACCCGCGCUAAGCCCAUGCGUGUAGCAAACCAGAGGAAUCUGUCUGCCCACAAGUGGCUCAACUGCAUGGACGCCUUUGCCGAUGGGAUCCAAGGUGUCGAGGUGCCUCCAACUCAGCACAAACUACUGCUAAAAGACAUCACUGUUGCUCUGAUUGAUGAUGGAGUUAAUAUCGAUACUUCCUCUAUCGGGGGUAAAGUCAUUGGCGGAGCGACCUUUGACCCUGGCGAACCUGAUGAGAACGGCCCAAGCCCCUAUUUUAUCUCUGCCAGCGGCCACGGCACCGUCAUGGCGGAUAUGAUUUGCCGGGUUUGUCCAACCGCCAAACUCUACGUCUUCAAGCUGGAAACACACCUCUCCCCGGACUCCCUAGUCGAUGGGCAGACUCACAACCAGAUCGUAGCCAGAAGCGCCACCCAGUCCGUCGACGCCGCCGUCGCCCGCGGGGUAGACAUAAUCUCCAUUUCCUGGACUGUGAAAAAGCCCAAAGAACGCGAGCGCGACGCCGACCUCAAAGACCUCGGAGAUGCCAUCAAGCGCGCUCUCGACGCCGGCAUCCUCGUCUUCUGCGCGGCAGGCGACGCAGGGAACUUCUCUGACGAGGAGUACCCUUACGAGUUUGAUCGUAGCCGCAUCAUUAGAAUUGGUGCCGCUACCGACGAUGGCAGACCCUGGGAGAGGUCGGGUGACACCCACAAUUUGAAUUUUAUCUUUCCGGGGUGUUCGGUUGUUUCACGGCAUGAGACGAUUAAUAGUAGUAUACCGAGUCAUUUCCAGGAGAACACGGGGAGCUCGGUUGCUACGGCUUUGGCGGCGGGGUUGGCGGCGCUGGUGUUGCAUGUUGUUAGGUUGGCUGCGAUAUUUGGGGAGAAUGAGAGGGAGAGGGUGAAGAGUGGUGGGGGGGGUACGGCGGUGAAUGGGGUUGGGUCAGGGGCGGCAGGGCCGGUGGUGGAGGCGGGGAGAUUGGCGAGUUUGAAGGAUCAUAGAAACAUGAAGUUGGUUUUUCAGAAGAUGGGGGUGGAUAGGGAGAUUGGGAAGUUUAUUGAGGUGUGGGAGUAUUUUGAGGGGCCGACGGAGGGGUUGAGGAUGGGGGGGAAGGCGCCAGAGGUGGUGACGGGAUUGGCAGUGAGGUUUGUUUCUUCGAUGAAGCUUUGA